CAGUAUUCAGUAGCGCUGGUAACACUGAAGGGAGCAAAGGUCGACUUGUCCGGAUCUCUCAUUCCGUCUACUUGUCAUUGAAGAAUCAAUCAACAAGUUGGAUUUUUUUUUACUCUCUUUAUAUUAUCUGAUCGCUUAAAAGGAAUUCCAAAAAUCAUGUCAAUUGUAACAAAAGGAAUCUACUUCGUAGCCGCUAAAAGAACCCCUUUUGGCAAAAUGGGAGGUGUUUUCACGAACAAGAGUGCAACAGAUUUAUCAGCAGUGGUAGCAACGAGUGCCAUCAAAGAGUCGGGUCUUAAACCAGAACAAAUAGAUCACGUUAUAGUUGGAAAUGUUAUGAUUAGUUCCGCAUCCGAUGGUGCAUUCUUGCCUCGACAUACUUUAUUGAAAUCCGGAAUUCCGGUGGAUAGACCUGCGCUAGGAAUCAAUAGACUGUGUGGAUCUGGUUUUCAAUCGAUUGUAAAUGGGGCACAGAGCAUCAUCUCUGAAGAAUCAUCAAUUAUUCUUGCUGGUGGAGCUGAGAACAUGAGUCAAGCUCCAUUUGUAGUAAGAAAUGUUCGUUUUGGAACAACUCUUGGACAAAAAUACGAAUUCGAGGAUUCACUGUGGCUAGGCCUUCUUGAUACUUAUUGUGGUCUACCUAUGGGGAUGACGGCAGAAAAAUUAGGGGCCAAGUAUGGCAUUACAAGGGAGGAAGUCGAUAAAUUUGCCCUGAGGAGCCAUUCUAAUUGGAAAACAGCCCAUGAUAAUGGUUAUUUCAAAGCUGAAAUAACACCAGUUACGGUUAAAACUAAGAAACAGGAAAUUGAAGUUACCGUUGACGAACAUGCACGACCUCAAGCUAAAAUUGAAGAUUUCAUCAAACUUCCGUCGAUCUUCCAAAAAGAUGGACUAGUUACUGCGGGUACCGCAUCUGGUGUGUGUGAUGGAGCUGGUGCUGUGAUAUUAGCCAGUGAGGAGGCUGUAAAACGUGAAGGAUUGAAACCCCUUGCUCGUUUGGCGGGAUACGCUACGGUAGGUGUAGAACCUAGUAUUAUGGGAAUUGGGCCAGCGCCUGCUAUUAAAAAGCUUCUGGCCAAUGCCGGCAAGUCUCCCAACGAUAUUGAUUUGAUUGAGAUAAACGAGGCAUUUGGUGCGCAAACAUUGGCAUGCGCCAAAGAUCUUGAUAUAGAUAUGAACAAAUUGAAUGUCAAUGGUGGUGCCAUUGCCAUUGGACAUCCUCUGGGUGCAUCUGGAACGAGAAUCACUGCACAUCUUAUUCACGAAUUGAGGAGACGCAGCGGUAAAUUUGGUAUUGGAUCGGCUUGUAUAGGUGGUGGACAGGGAAUAGCACUUCUCAUUGAAUCUAUCUGAAUUUUUCCAUUGAAAAAUCUACUACAGCUGAUGGAGAAGGACUGGCAAAUAUUUUUGAUAAAGUUUUUAUUCCAGAAAAUAAUAACCCAAAUGUCUAACAAUGAUGCAAUGUAAUUUUCAUACACUUGAUAAACUCUUGUGUAAACUACAUCGUUAUUUUAUUGUGCAAUCACUUACUAUUGUUUAAAUCUUUUGUAUUCCCAUAAUGAUCGUACUUUCAGUAUGAGUCAAGUGUAACAAAUAAUGAAAAUUAAUUAUGGCAAUUGUUUUCUAUUAAAAAAUACAAACAUAAAAAUACAA